UGGUAUGUUUAUCCCGGAUAACAUGCGACUGCUUUCGGACCUAUCAUAGUGUUGCAGUGCAAUGGCCGUGUGGACGCCAACAACAAAUGCCAAAUACGCUGUCGUGGUUCACGACUUCACGGCAAGGAAUGACUAUGAGCUGACACUUCCCUUUGGAGCAGAAGUUCACAUACAGGAGGAAUGUGGAGGAUGGUAUAGAGGGUGUCUUAUUCGUAACAAAUCAGUCAAGGGAAUCUUUCCAUCAUCAUAUGUGCAUUUAAAAGAUUGCCAUGUUGAGAACGAUGGUGCGUGUGAAACUGUGGUGAGUAAGGAAGACCCAAUAGUUCAAGAAGUAUCAUCUGUUUUACGUGAGUGGGGAUCAAUUUGGAAGAAGCGAUAUUGUGAGCGAAGAAUGGAUGUGUUUAAUCGAAUCAGACAGGUCAUGUUGGAUUUACUUAAAUACAGACGUCAAAUAUGUUCCGGAACUCUUCCACAGGAUAGACUAAUGGAGCUGAAACAAGUUAUCACUAACAAGAUUGACUGGGGAAACUGGAAGCUUGAGUUGGAUUUGGUUCCUCGUAACAGUGAAGGUGAAGUGAUAAAUCCUGAUACAACAAGCAUUCAUCAUUUGUACAAUGUGCAUAUUAAAAGCCAAAGGGAAGUUGCCUCUGCUGGGCAUAAAUCUGGAACUAUGAUUGUUCGGAAGCGGGAAAGUCAUUUGAACCACUUAUACAUUGACUUCAAAUGCAUUGUAUGCCAUAUUGGAGAUGAGGCUGACCUCUACUUUUCUGUGUAUGAUCCAGCUAAGCAAGCUUUUUUGAGUGAGCGGUAUGUGAUACGCAUUGCCAGACAAGGACUAGUGGUUGAUCCCACUAUGCUGCAUGCCACGAAUGCUGUGUUUGAGGAUCUGAGUCAGCAAGACUUGUCAAGAGAUCUCUAUCUCGUCUGUCAUAUCAUAAGAGUUGGUCGGAUGCAAUCAGAAGACAGGAGAGGACCCAACCAUUAUCGAAGACCAUAUGGUGUUGCAGUGUAUCCUCUCAAGGAUGUAUUUCAAAUGCCACACAACAGUACAGACAUGAUGGAUGUUUCUAUGCCAAUCAUAACUGUUGGCAGCAGCGAUGGAGAUUUUGUGAAACUUCACGACUAUGCUAUUUCCAGAACUGGUCGUCCUUCAGACAAGGGACUACAAGUUUCUUUGCGGACACUGCGCGGAGACAUUGAAAAGCUAAAGCGAGAGAAUCCAACAUUAUUUGGCAAGACUUCUUCUUUUUGUCAUCGAUUGGGAUUCAGCGAUGCCAUCAUGCCAGGAGAAUUGAGGAAUGAUUUGUAUGUGACAUUAUUGGAGGGAGAGUUUGAACGAGGAAAUAAGAAGUCACACAAAAACAUUGAAGUUUCAUUCAAAGUUGUUUCAAAAAGUGGCCAGGUUAUAAGUGACUGUAUCUAUCUCGGAACUGGCACAAAGGCCGUCUCAGAGUACAGAUCACUCAUAUUGAGACACAACAACCAUCCAGUGUGGAAUGAGACUGUCAAAGUGUGUUUGCCUUUUGAAAUGUUUCAUGAGUGUCACUUGCGGUUUUGUUUUCGACAUUGUUCGACUCGCACUGAAGGCAGAGAAGACAGACAGCAUUUUGCAUUUGUUCGUCUUCAAGGUGCUGAUGGAACAACUCUGAAAGAUGAUAAACAUGAACUAUUUGUAUACAAGGCACAGCUGAAGCCUGAUGUGCCAGAUGUUUAUAUGGGAUUGCCAUGUGGACCAACUGAAGCAUUGUUUAACAUGCGACCACCAACAGUGGCAGGUGUAGUCAGAAGUGAACGAGAACGAUGUGUGAUUAGCACAUUAAUUUGCUCUACAAAGCUCACUCAGAAUGCUGCAUUGUUGUCAUUAUUAAAGUGGCGAGGACAAGAGGACAGAUUGAAAGACAUUCUUACCACUCUUUUCACAGUAAGGGGCGAUGAGAUUGUUCGAUUUCUUCAAGACACAUUUGAUGCCUUGUUUGCUAUCUUGGAUUACAGCACCUCAUACUCACAGUCUGUUUUUGAUGCUCUGGCUUACAUUCUGGAACUACUGAUGGAUCCUCGAUCAAAGUAUCAACACUUUCAGUCAGUUUUAGAUGCCUACAUACAAUCACACUUUGCAAACACAAAGUCAUAUGAACGGUUGCUGUCUUGCUUAAGUUACUAUUUGGAAAAUAUUGCGAACCCAAGCACUGAGUUUCGUACAAAGCUUAGUCGUGCUGUGUCUGCAAUUGAGCAUAUAUUUAAAUUUAUCAUCAAAUCUAGAUCUCUUUAUGCGAGAGUUAACAGAAACAGGAACUUUUCUUAUUUUCGGGAAAGUAUGGACAGAGUUUUUCGAGGAAUGAGUCACAUGAUUACAUCUCAGAUGGAGCACCUUGAGCUAGUACAGAGAAUGGCUUUUGAACGGUUUCCAUUGCUCUCUGAGGGUUUGCUGACACAAUUUGAUCUUUCAGAAGUGGCUACAUUUGCAAGAGACUUUAUUGCUGCGGGGGCACAAGCUAGGCAACCGAAGGCUUCUGUGGCAAGAGCACGUAAUCAGUGUAUGUUGUCUACAGUCAAGAGCAAACUCUUCAAGUCUCCAGAAUCACGAGCUGUGUUGCUGCCAUGCAUACUCCACAGCUUAAGCCAGCAGCUUCAGCGUCAUGAGCAAGAAGAAGGAUGUGUUGAGGUUUUGGUCGAGGUCCUUAGUGUUCUACAGGAAAACAAUGGAAUAUCUAAUCAUGACAUUUCUAUGGUGAUUCGUAAUAUGUUUUAUCUUGUACUGACUAUCAUUCGAGCCACUGAUAAGCAGGCACCUCCAUCUCACACGGGUCAAUACAUUGUGUCACUGAUCGCCAUGUUGAAAGUGAUGAAAGAAGAACAUUACUCUGAACUGCUGAUGUCGUUUUCUGAACGUUCAAGAUUGUUGGGCUUUCUGAUAGAGUUGUUUGGAGUAUUUGAAGAUUUGAUUUGCAGCAAUGUGUAUGCAAAGAACUGGAUGAUUAUGUACAUGGUUCAGAACAACAUUCUAGUCCAAGCCACGACGUACUUUACACAAGCAUUGUGUGAUCGAUUUUUGAAAGGGCAGCAGUUUGAGCAACAGGUGUGGAUUGCAUUUUUUCAACUUGCUGUAACAUUUAUAACUCAGUGGUCACUCCAACUAGAAAACUUUUCUGAGGCCAAGCGAACAAAGAUUUUAGACAAGUAUGGUGAUAUUCGAACAGUUAUGGCUUUCCAAGUUUUGUCAAUGUGGCAAGCACUAGAUGACUUUCAAGUCAAAUUUGUACCGUUUCUGAUUGGACCAUUUGUGUCCAUGACUCUUGUUCCCCAAUCUGACUUGAGAAAGGCUACAAUGCCAAUCUUUUUUGAUAUGAUGGAAGCUGAAAUGAAAUCUUGUACAAACUUUAAACAGGUGGAGGAUGCUUUGUUUCAUCAUCUGGAUGAACAAGUGAGUGCAGGUCGUGGUGAUGAAGACUAUCGAUGGUUACUUAGCAAAGUGAGAUUAGAAAGUUUUGUGUGCUAUUUCUUUGAAAAGUGCAUGGUGUGUGCUUUGGCUUUUAGACUUACUGAAAGAUGUCAAAGACACCCAUCUUUGGCUGACACUGGAAUAACAUUUGGUGAGUCUUUGACUGGUUUGCUGGAACGUCUGCUUGACUACAGAUCUGUAGGGCACGGUGAAGAAAACAGGUUCAAACGGACUGUUUGUACUGUAAAUCUCUUGACUUAUUAUCGUGAAAUUGGUCGGCCACAGAUGUAUAUUCGUUACAUUGACAAACUCUGUGAACUUCACUUGGAAGCAGGGAGCUUUGCUGAGGCUGGGUUCACUGUCUUGCUUCAUGCUGACAUGCUUGAGUGGAAAGAUGUGGCUUUGACCCCACAGGGUAGACACCCUGCUGAACGUGAGCGUGAACGGAAGGAAAGACUUCUGAAGGAAGCGAUAAGUCAUUUUGACAAGGGAAAGGUGUGGGAAGAAGGCAUUCGGUUAUGCAAGCAGUUGGUAGAGCAAUAUGAAACUGAACUAUUUGAUUAUCGUCGACUGAGUCAAACUUUGCAAACUCAAGCAAUGUUCUAUGACCAAAUAACAAGUGGCGGUAGAGGUGAACCUAUCUACUGUGCAGUAGGAUUUUUUGGGCUUGGUUGGCCACCAUUUUUGAGAAACAAGCGUUAUGUUUUUAGAGGCAUGGAACUGGAAAAACUGCCCGGGUUUAACCAGCGUCUCCUGUCUCAGUGCCCGCAAGCUCAACUGAUGCAAUCACUAAAUCCUCCUGGUGAUGACAUUUUGAAAUCUGAUGGUCAAUACUUGCAGGUUUGCAGCGUUUCUCCUGUGCCUGAAAUUCCGGAAGUGUUUCAGCAGAAGAAUGCCAAAAAUGAAAUUACACACUACUACAAGUUCAAUGAGGUGAAAACUUUCACAUUUUCUCGACCAUUUCAUCGUGGCAAGAAAGACAAGGAGUUAGAAUUCAAGACUUUGUGGCUAGAGAAGAACACAUUGACAACAACCAGCAAAUUACCAGGUACCUUGAGCUGCUCUGAGAUUGUGUUUGCAGAAAAGGAGGAAUUGAGUCCUCUUAAAACUGCAUUGGAGCAGAUGACAUCGAAGCUGCUUGAAUUACGCGCAAUCUUAGACCAAUAUCAAGCAGAUGCUACUCUUAAUAUCAACCCUUUGAGCAUGCUUCUGAAAGGAAUGAUUGAUGCUGCUGUUAUGGGUGGAUUUAGCAACUAUCAGAAGGUUUUCUUUGUAUCCACAUACCUUGAAGAGAAUCCUGAUGAUCUAGACAUGCUGAACAAGCUCAAACAGUUGAUCCAUGAGCAGGUUGAGUUACUGCAGGUCGGUUUGUCAUUGCAUAGUGAACGUGUACCACCAAAUCUCAAACCGUUUCAUGAGAACCUGGAGAAGUGUUACAAAGAUAUGCAAGUCAACGUGGCGAGAGAAAUUCUUACUGAAUCUGAUUCGCCAGCAACACGGCGUCGCCAAGUGAGUCGUAGUCAAACUGUAGCAGGGAGAGGAAGUUACAGAGAACCUGUUACUCCACGGCCAAGUCGAUCACCUGCAACCUUACGAUCUUCAGUAGUCGGAAUGCCUUCUUCGGAACGACAUGGAAAUGAAUUUGCUGUGCCAUUACCCAUGCAGAACAGGGCCCUACCACCCCUACCACCAGGGGGAGACAGAAAUACAAUAAUGCUUCUUCCAAAGCCAAGACCAACUCGCCACGCAUAUGAAAUGGUUCGAUCAGGCUCGGAAGGUAAUCUGCUUGGAGGAACAAAGGAGGGAGAAGAAAACAAUGCUGAAGGUGAAGAAGACAGAUAUGAGACCUUACAGCCUAACAACACUAAGACUCUGAGACACAUAACUAUGAGCUGUUCAGACACUCAAUUACACACUGCUGGUGAAUUGGGUACAGCGAGUCAGGAAGUCUACGAUGCUCCACCUCCUGUACUACCACCCAAGAGGUUGUCAACAAUGAGUAAACCGGUGGGUGUACCUUCAAGCAGAGAUCAAAAUACAGCCGGCAAUUCUCAGACAUCAUUCUUACGCUCUGCCACUGUAAGCGAGGCUGACGGCCCUACGUUACCCAUCAGGGCGCCACGUCGUCGUUCACAACCGGAUACCGGUUAUUCUGGCAGUUCGUUGCCGUCCUUGUCCCUGUCUGCUGGUUCUUCAGCUGGAGGUCACGCCAGCAGUGCCCUACCCUAUCGUCUUCCUCCUCCUGCCAGUCAAGCUUCACCCCGAAGUGGAUUGGGCACGUCGCCUUCGACAGUCAGGCAGAGACCGCGUGCUGCCCAACCUCAACAUACUCAACAGGCCACGAUACCCGCACAGUCGACACAGCAGGUAACACAAUCGAGCAACUUGAAUCCGUUUGCGCCGCCUCCAGGAGUGACACCAAUGUUCAGCACUCCCGCUCAAGAGACGACGACGUUCACUCAGUCCAAUGGACAAGUAAUGGCGGAGAACAAUGUUUGCAUACCUCCCCCGCGAACUGUUCCGCGACCAUUAGGAGCGUUAAGUCCGGUACCAGACCGAGACGAUGGCGUUCGCAGUCCAGCUUUUGAUGAAAAUGUGUCUGAAGCUGACAAUGCUUCUACGGAUUCUGUCUUUGACGGUGGAAGCGAGGUGAAAGUGUCAAACAAUCCUUUCGUUCAAGAAGAUCGCAGGAAAAAACCGCCAACACCUAACAGACUUUCUCCCCCGUAGGUCAAAAUUGAUGACGCACGUCGGGUUUACAGGUUACUUCUAUAGACUGACUGUAUCUAUCUAAUACUGUAAACUCGAGAGACUCUAAAAGUGCAGAGUAUGUUGACGUUUGUAAUAAUCUAACGCAGUUUGUAGUAAGGGUAAAUUUGAGCUUCUGUUUGUAAAUUCGU